AUGGAGCAAACCUAUGGAGAGGUGAACCAACUAGGCGGUGUGUUCGUCAACGGCCGACCUCUACCUAACGCCAUACGGUUAAGAAUUGUAGAGCUGGCUCAGCUCGGGAUUAGACCCUGUGAUAUAAGCAGGCAACUCCGAGUCUCCCACGGCUGCGUGAGCAAGAUUUUAGCGAGGUACAACGAGACUGGCUCCAUACUACCCGGUGCCAUCGGUGGAAGCAAACCCCGGGUCACGACGCCGAACGUGGUGAAAAACAUCAGGGAAUACAAACAAAAUGACCCCGGGAUCUUUGCCUGGGAGAUCCGGGACAGGCUUUUGGCUGAUGGUGUUUGUGACAAGUACAAUGUCCCGUCGGUUAGCUCGAUCAGCAGGAUUUUACGCAACAAGAUUGGAAAUCUCUCCCAGCCUAACCAGUAUGAAAGCACCAAGCAAGCCUCCGCGCAGGCCGGCCUCCCCUACAACCACAUAUACCCUUAUUCCUACCCCAACACUAUGUCACCCACUAGCACUAAAAUGGGCAGCCCUCCUGGAGUACCAGUGACGGCUGGACAUGUGAGCAUUUCCAGGGCCUGGCCUUCUGCGCACACCGUCAGUAACAUCCUCGGAAUACGAGCCUUCAUGGAUCCUACAGCAAUUGCUGGGACAGAGGGAUACCCACCAAAAAUGGAAGAGUGGGGUAGUGUCAACAGAGCAGCUUUCCCAGCCGCGCACACAGUCAACGGGAUUGACAAGUCAGCCAUUGACGCCGACAUAAAAUAUGCUCAGCCUUCCUCGACAUUGUCUAGUUAUGUACCGGCGUGUGCUUACUCCCCAACCAAUCAGUACGGGGUGUACAGUGGGCCAGCAGGCGGAUACGUGGCCCCGGGCCACCACCACUGGCAGGCGCAGAGCCCGGCUCUGUCUCACCCAAGCAGCGGGAUGAGCAUGCACGCAGGAGAAAUCCACUCCCCGAUGACCUUUAAACACCAGGCCCGAGAAGGAGACAGAAAACCACCCAGUCCCCUGAGCAAGCCGCAGCAGCAGCAGCAACAUGAAGACUUGAACAGUGUGCACGGACUCAGUCUCCCUACCUCAUCAUCAUAA